AUGUCGCCUUACAUUGUUCCUUCCAGCCUGACAGUGUCCAAUGUCAUGGAGAUCCCUAGGACGCCCGUCAAUCGGUAUUCAACUCCGACAAUGAAACACGUUGAAGGAAUAGGGAUGAUAAGCAAUAAUCUUUGCAAGCGCAUCAACCGAUUUUUUGAGGGCGUGAUCUUUCUGCAAAGCCUCAUUGAAGCAUGCCGCACCAAUAACCAGAUCAAAGCUCCCGCCGAGAAUUACGACGCGGAUGAGAGUCCCUAUAAAAUCUUCAAAUGCUUCGUCAACAAGAUGGCCCAGGUUUGCGACAAUGUGCCUUUUGGCAAAACCGUUACGUCUUUAGCCAUCAUCAAGCAUGUUGGGGGAGAGCUGCGGUAUACUUUUGCCUCCAACCAACGAACCGUUGAGGACUCAGAAUGCGCGAAGAAGGUCAUCCAGAAGUUGCUAAGCGACGUCGGACUUGCGCAGCCGUCCGAAAUACAAGAUGACGGCGAGAGCCCAUUGUUCCAUCGCAUCUUGCAGGACAUUCUGGAAUUUCACGCUGAACGGAUCAAGGCUUAUGGGAAAAGGCUUAUGAUUCGGCUCGGAACAUGCAUUGAGGACUGUGAUAGAACCAACUCUCCUGAACAUGAGACUCUUAAAAGGAGUCUAUUAUCCAUCAAGCAAGUAGCAAGCCCAUGCAAAGAUCUAGGGAAAAAGGAUAAGCUUUCCGUGGACCAGAGCGAGCUGUUAGUCCGCGCCGCAAACUCCCUGCGAAAGUCCACAGCGCGGGAGCUCAUUAUCGAAAAGGCCCGCGUUGGCAAAAUGGACCAGUCGGAACACUGGAGUGAAUUCCAACACGACAUUGGGCGUCUCGCGUCAUACCUCGCAGUUGUCCGUACCAUCAUUAUUGCACGUAAACGAAUACCGCAGCUAUUUGAAAACUUUGACAUCACGUUUCUGGAAUCAAGCAUUUCUAUUCCAAACCCGAUGAAUUCUAUCGAGCCUAGGAUGAGCUUGAGCAGAAAGCGACAACUUCGUUCUGCGCACAGCAUAAUUGGGCGCAUGAUCGGUGAUCCAGCCGAGCGCGCGAAACACCAAAAGUAUGCGGAAAGCAUACAACAUUGCGAUCUCGACAAGUUGAUCAUGGACAGAGCUGGAUCCGAAACCUUUCGUCCCAUCGUGCAUUGCGAAGUCUUGCUACUUGAUUCACUUUGUAAGGAGUUUGACAACGAGAUCCGUCCGAUUCCCUUCUUCGAUGACAUCAGAUACAUUGGGUGCAGCAAACCAACUUGCCGGUUGUGCGAGUACUACUUUGGUGCUCACAAAUCCGGUAUUCAAGUGCGGCCGGGACACAAGAACCUUUAUCCUAAUUGGAUCGUCCCUGAUGUUGCCAUGGAAAAUUCACCCAAGGCGUACGAGAAGAACGGCAUGAUCGAUAAGGUUCUGGAGAAGGUCCGCCAGAGUGCACUUUUAGCACUGCGAGAAAAGGUUUCGGAUGGGAGCCGAUUUGACUCGAAUACAUACUCUUGUCUGCCGACGCAACCAUCUCUCGCAGAUGGCGCUGACAUUGGCAACAACCUAGCUUCUAUCCUCGAAGAUCUAUCCAUCACGCCCACCCAAACCCCUACUUCAUCACCGAAGGGACCUGAAGCGGACGAUGAUGCAUGGAGUGUUGUGGCGGAUGGGGACAGCGACGGUGAGCGCGAGGAUGAUGGCGGAGGCCUGCUCCUAUUCACUGGUCGGAACAUACAAGCUUGA